AUGUCGGUAACUUCCGUCGUUGUAAAUAGCUGCUUUACAUUUGCGGCUAAACAAGAUUUUCUGGAGAAUGACAUUCGUGUAAAACCAGAUCUUGAUGCUCACGGUGUUCUUGGUGAUACUGGUUGGUACUGCAUCCGGUCAAUCUUGUGGGCUUUCAAUUUUGAGCUGCCAAAAACAGUACUUGCUUUGCGUGGCCCUGUUUUCAACAAGGCAGGAGUUAUUAUAGAAUGCAGUGCAUCUUUAUAUUGGGAAGAUGGGAAAGUAGCCACCUUCCACUGCUCUUUCCUGGCCAACUUGACAAUGGAUGUAACCGUGGUUGGAACAAAUGGCACUUUGCAUGUACACGACUUCGUUGUUCCAUUUGAAGAGAAAAAGGCGUCAUUCUCUGCUGCUACAAAAUCAGGAUUCACCGAGCUUGUGACCGGGUGGGAGCCGAAGCCAAGUGAGCAUCACGUCACGACAGAUCUCCCUCAAGAAGCCCUGAUGGUGAGGGAGUUUUCUACACUGGUUGGAAGCAUCAAAUUUGAUGGUUCUAAACCUGAGAUAAAGUGGCCGACCCUAAGCAGGAAGACACAGCAGGUUUUGGAUGCUGUCAAGCUGUCAAUUGAGAGAGGUUUCGAAACUGUGGAGGUCUGUUGCCUGGUUUCGAUCGUUGGAAUAAAAGUUGGCACAUUUACAUAUUAUCCUUCAAUUAUCUAG